GCUCCCCCCCCCCCCCGGCGGCGGCGGCGGCGGCGGCGGAGCUGCGGGCCCGGGGCUGCCGGCAGGAGCCCAGCGAGAUGUUUGCCGUCUGCCUGCCCGAUGCCCCAUCGAAUUCCCCAUUCCCAGGGGGCCCCGUGCUGGGCACAACCUUCCCGGGGGCUGGGGGCUGCAGCCCCGACCCCAACUGCAACUUCUCCGGGGAGGCGUGCGACAGCAACCAGAACUGGAGCCGCCCGGCGCUGGGCAGCGGCGGGGCCGAGGGGGGCGAAAACACGCCAAAUCUGUCCGACAAUCUGCUGUUAUUAACGCGGAGACAGACGGGUCAGGGCGGGCUUAGGGACGCCCCCCCGAGCGCAGCGCGUCCCCCCGAGGAGGGCGAGCGCAGCCCCCCCGAGGGAGCGGAGGUCGGGGGGGCGGCGGGCGGCGAGCCCGCCAGCUCCCCCGCGGAGGACAACGGCUACGCCAGCAGCGCGCUCAGCAUCGACAGCCCCGACAGCGCCUGUGGUGGCUCCUGGGACCCCCCCGGAGACCCCCCGGAGACCGAGCCCCAUCCCGAGCCCCUGUUCCCGGUGCUGGCGGAGGCGGUGCAGCACCUCCAGGACAAGGAGCGCUUCAAGGAGCGGGAGAAGGAGAAGCACCACGUGCAGCUGGUGAUGUACCGGCGCCUGGCCCUGCUGCGCUGGAUCCACGGCCUCCAGCAGAAGGUGGUGAGCCAGCAGAACCGGCUGCAGGAGAGCUUCGACACCAUCCUGGACAACCGCAAGGAGCUGAUCCGCUGCAUGCAGCAGGGCGCCCCGUGCCCCGCCGCCGCGGCCGCCCCCGCCCUCUGAGAGCUGCCCUGCUCCCAGCCGGGGUUUGUUGAGCUGCCGGGGGUGAGGCUCGCCUCCUGUGCCCGAUUUGCAGCCCUUUGUGCGAGCGUUCGACACCAGGAAUUCCGCUGGCCACGUCCCUGGAGCUCUGCAGCUCCCUAAGGGUUUAUUGCCGGAUAACGCGCCCCGAGGAGGGUGUGCAGCGGGGUCUGUGCAGGACCACAUCGGGUGUCGCGUGGCUCACGCAGCAGAGGCCACCCCGUUCUCUGCAGAACUUUAGAGGACAUUUCUUCACCCACCUCUCCUCUUCCUCACUUGGCACAUGCACCAGCAUGCAAGGCUCCUGGCAUGGUGUCGCCUCCGUCCUGCAUCACGGACCUGGAACAGCCCGGUGGUGCUGAGCAGUGCUGGUGCAAGGUGUCCCGUGCGGUUCCUAGGGCCUCGCCCCAGUGCCCAGCCUAAUGAAGCACGUUUAAAGCCCUGCAGAUACGAUCUGAGCUAAUGCACCAGGUCCAGAGAGACAGAGAGAGAGAGAGAGAAUGAUCCUGAAAAGUGACCUCAGAACGGUUAAAAAUAAUUCCAAGUCUCAACUGCUUCAAAUCCUGUAUACUAUUUUUUUUAAAAUAUAUAUUCAGUAUUAGAGAAGAGUUAAUUCCAAUUUUUUUUACAACCAGGUUGUACACAUGCACAUCUGUGUGCUGUGGGAGCUGCUCCACCGCGGUGCAUGAUCAGGAAGCUGCUUGCAAAGUUGUGUCGUCUGUGUGUGUGUUAAUUUAUCACUUUAAAGCAAACAGUAUUUUUUUCUAAGCUGCGUUUCAUCCAGCGAGGACUGCACAGAGACUAUGAAGAACAGCCUUGUUAAACAGAGAUUAAAAAGGAGAUGCUCUGCAUGCUUGCUGUGUUUUCUCGAGAGCUUGCACGACAUGUUCUGUUCAAGUUGCUGGUGUGGCAGGAGCAGCACCGUGGGGUCAGGAUGCAGUCGGGAGCGGGCUGUGCUCCCGCCCUGCCCGGAGUGUGCAAAGCUGGGCACCGAUUUAAUUUCAGUUUAAUUUCUCAUCUGGAAAAGCCUGUGCUGCCCGCCUUGUCCCCGACGUGGGGCAGGAGGAGCCCGGCAGCGUCCCCACAAGCACCCGGCUGCACCAAAACCCCACGCUCGCGCUUGCUCCUGCUCAGCACCCGCUGCCUGCCUCAUAUCAGCCCACGGGCAUCACGCACGCCCUAAUAAAAACCUCGCAGGUGAAACAGC